AUGCCUGAAGAACAGGCCUUCAGUGUUCUGGUCAAAAUCAUGUUCGACUACGGACUCAGGGAGCUUUUCAAACAGAAUUUUGAGGACCUGCACUGCAAGUUUUAUCAGCUGGAACGCCUCAUGCAGGAGUACAUCCCCGACCUGUACACCCACUUCCUAGAGAUCAGCUUAGAAGCCCACAUGUACGCCUCCCAGUGGUUCCUCACCCUCUUCACUGCAAAAUUCCCCCUCUACAUGGUCUUCCACAUCAUCGACCUGCUGUUGUGUGAGGGCAUCAGUGUUAUUUUUAACGUUGCCCUCGGAUUGUUAAAAACCACCAGGGACGACUUGCUGCUGACGGAUUUUGAGGGGGCUUUAAAGUUCUUCCGCGUGCAGCUGCCCAAGAGGUAUCGGUCGGAGGAGAACGCCAAGAAACUGAUGGAGCUGGCAUGUAGCAUGAAGAUUAGCCAAAAGAAGUUGAAGAAAUACGAGCGGGAAUAUCACACGAUGCGGGAGCAGCAGGCCCAGCAGGAGGAUCCCAUUGAAAGGUUUGAGAGAGAAAACCGGCGCUUGCAGGAAGCCAACAUGAGGCUGGAGCAGGAGAACGACGACCUGGCCCACGAGCUGGUGACCAGCAAGAUCGCCCUGCGGAAGGACCUGGACAACGCCGAGGAAAAAGCCGACGCGCUGAACAAGGAGCUCCUGAUGACCAAGCAGAAGCUGAUAGACGCCGAGGAUGAAAAGAGAAGGCUGGAGGAGGAAUCGGCUCAGCUGAAGGAGAUGUGUCGGAGAGAACUGGACAAGGCCGAGUUGGAGAUCAAGAAAAACAGCUCCAUCAUUGGCGACUACAAGCAGAUCUGUUCCCAGUUGAGUGAGAGGCUGGAGAAGCAGCAGGUAGCCAAUAAAGCGGAAAUUGAGAAAAUCCGGCAAAAGAUCGACAACUGUGAACAUUGUCGGGAGUUUUUCAACAAAGAAGGGCGGCUGAAGGUCGUCAGCGUCCCCAGGGAGGGCUCCGACGAGGACACCGACGAGGAGAAGGAGGGGCUGAAGAACCAGUUACGAGAAAUGGAGUUGGAGCUGGCCCAGACCAAGUUGCAGCUGGUGGAGGCCGAAUGCAAAAUCCAGGACCUGGAACACGACCUGGGACAGGCGCUGAACGAGGUGCAGGCCUCGCGCAAAACCUGGUUCAACCGAACGCUCAGCUCUAUAAAGACAGUGACCGGCGUCCAGGGGAAAGAGACGUGCUGAAGAGCUGGGCAGCAACCUCGGGGCGGCUCCUGGGGCCUCCCCUGGGAUCCCUCCUGCCUUCCAGACCUUGUCUUGACCGGCUGCCCGCAGGAGAGAGGACCAGAUGUACAUAGGACUCCCGAAACGAAACACGAAACACACACCGCGAGGUGGCUGGUUUUCCUCCCCC